AUGCAAACUUCAGCAGAGGAUGAAGAGGAAUUGAGAAAUGAAGAUGCAUCUGCAGAGGAAGACGAAGAGGAUGAAGACAAUGGCGUGGAUGAUGAAGAUGAGUCAGGGAGUGAUGAAGAUGAAGCAGAUAGUAACCCUGAAGAUGUACAAUCACACACGGAAGGAAACCUUAAAAAAGAAUUAUCAACCAUGCCCUUUGAGGAAAUCAUGAGGCUACAGAAUAAAGUUGGAACAAAAGCAUACAAUAAAAUAGCUUAUGGUUCCACAAAGGCUCAGAAAAAAAACGACCCCAUGAAACGAUUAAAUAAGCACAGGUAUUCUGAGAUUUCUGCAAAGAAACAUGUGCCUUUCCUUCGAAAAGUCGUUCCCGUCAAGAAAAGGAUUUCAAGGGACCCUCGCUUUGAUGACCUCUCAGGAGAAUACAAACCUGAAAUUUUUUCUCGGACGUACAAAUUCAUUAAUGACAUCCGCCAAAAGGAAACAAAGAUAGUGAGAAAGAAACUCGGGAAAGCCAAAUCAGACACUAAAAAGGAAGAACUGAAAGCCUUGCUUAAGAGAAUGGAAAACCAGCAGAGGGCCCGACAGAGACAAGAGCAUGAAAGAGAAAAGGAACUUCACUUCAAGCAGAAACAGAGAGAGCUGGUUGGCCAGGGACACAAACCUUUCUACCUAAAGAAAUCUGACAAGAAGAAGCUGGAAUUGGCUGAGAAGUACAGCGAGCUGAAAAAGAGCGGGAAGCUGGAGAACUUCUUGAGUAAGAAGAGGAAACGUAAUGCCACCAAGGAUCGCAAAAAGUUGCCCAAUCAGCACAAGAAGCGCCAUAUAUGGACCAAUCAUGGCUCAUCUGUGGCACCUUGAAUUGAUUAUUUGUCUUAGUGUGACAUAAUGCAGAAGGACGUCUGCUGAAAAGUCAAUCCUGCUGGACUGUGAUGUUAAGAGAACUUGGUGUAAUUUGAGGUGUAUAUUUCACCUACAUUUGCACAGAUAUGGAUUUAAAUGUGUUUUGUUAACAGGU